AUGAAAACACACAGAGAUUCGCGUAUUUUUCAGUAAAUUAUGGAUUAUCAGUGUGGCUGUGAGAAUAAUUAUCUCUUUGUGAAUCCUCUGUGUCAAUUAGAAACGUUGGAUCAGUUGGAAGUAAUCUUAGAGGCAAUCAUCAACGGAGAAAAUGACAAUGCUGAAGAAUCUUUGGCAACAAUUCAGGCUCUUCUCAGUUCGAUGACUUCUACUAUUCCGGGGGAUUUCAUCUCUUCUCUCCCCAUGGAAAUUCCCAGUGAUGCUGAGGAAAUGCCGUAUUGGAUAGAGAAUCCCUUUCUCAAAGACGCUUUCAAGGAUCAUCAGCUCACUGAGCAGAUUUCCGGCUGUGAAAAAUGCACAAUCAUCAACCCCAAAAUCUCCGGCGCACUGAAUUAUGGCUUUUUCCUGCUGUGCACGCGACAGUACAAGGAAACUGAGCUCAUCCGGAAGAUCAUUUAUCUUCUGGCGCCUUUUAGAAAACGACACAAGGAAAUUCCGCAGUUUUACAGCACAAUCUGGAAGUUUGCAUUCGAGAGAAAGCUCUCUUCGUCUCUGUACGAGGAUCUCAUGCUCUUUCACUCUCAUCCCGUGGAGGAAAUGCUCGAUAAUCUCAUUGCCAGUCUUGAAUUCGAUGAAUAUGCUUUCGUGACGCUACAUUUGGAUCUGAAAUAUCAAGAAUUGGCAGAUUAUUCGAAGAAAUCCAAGAGAAUCUUCAACUUUAUCCUAGAUUCCGUCGUUCAGAGGUUCUUAGUAUCGAGAAAAGUGUUCUUCAGAGAUUUCCUGACUCACUUCAUUGAGUAUCUGAAGAAUCUAGUUCUUCCGACAAACUUUAUCAAUAUGUUUAGAGAUAUUUUGUAUCCUUUUGCAGCCUUUUUCGUAUACAAUUACAAUAAUAACAAACGCCUCGUGAGAUAUAUUGAAGAAAUGCGAAUUAGUGAUUACAAAAUGUACGUGGCUCUUGGGCUGUCUUUUAAAAGAUACCAUUUCCUGACUGAUGAAUUAAUAAAAUAGAUUUUAGG